CUUUGGGACCCGCCCUCCAGCACGCUCCUCGGCGCUGCGAGGUCCCGCCCCGCGUGCUGGCCGUGGUAAAAGUGGUAGCAGUGGAGGCGAGCGGAGGAUUUGCCGCGGCGGGUGAGGCGCUGGAGUCUCACUCUGCUGCCUAGGCUGAGUGCAGUGGUGUGAUCAAGGCGCGCUGCAGCCUUGACCUCUUGGGCUCAAGCGAUCCUCUCACCUCAGCCUACCGAGUAGCUGGGACUACAGGCACGCGCCACUACACUCGGGUUUCUGACAGUCAGACUUGUCCACAGGAACUCAACUGGCAAGGCUGCUUUUUUGUGCUAAAACUGGGGAGCUAGUGGGCACCAUGAAGAUCUUCUGCAGUCGGGCCAAUCCGACCACGGGGUCUGUGGAGUGGCUGGAGGAGGAUGAACACUAUGAUUUCCACCAGGAGAUUGCAAGGUCAUCCUAUGCAGAUAUGCUACAUGACAAAGACAGAAAUGUAAAAUACUACCAAGGUAUCCGGGCUGCUGUGAGCAGGGUGAAGGACAGAGGACAGAAGGCCUUGGUUCUCGACAUUGGCACUGGCACGGGACUCUUGUCAAUGAUGGCGGUCACAGCAGGCGCCGACUUCUGCUAUGCCAUCGAGGUUUUCAAGCCUAUGGCUGAUGCUGCUGUGAAGAUUGUGGAGAAAAAUGGCUUUAGUGAUAAGAUUAAGGUUAUCAACAAGCAUUCCACCGAGGUGACUGUAGGUCCAGAGGGUGACAUGCCAUGCCGUGCCAACAUCCUGGUCACAGAGUUGUUUGACACAGAGCUGAUCGGGGAGGGGGCGCUACCCUCCUAUGAGCACGCACACAGGCAUCUCGUGGAGGAAAAUUGUGAGGCCGUGCCCCACAGAGCCACCGUCUAUGCACAGCUGGUGGAGUCCAGGAGGAUGUGGUCGUGGAACAAGCUGUUUCCCAUCCGCGUGCAGACCAGCCUCGGAGAGCAGGUCAUCGUCCCUCCCGUGGACCUGGAGAGCUGCCCUGGCGCACCCUCUGUCUGUGACAUUCAGCUGAACCAGGUGUCACCAGCGGACUUUACAGUCCUCAGCGAUGUGCUGCCCAUGUUCAGCAUAGACUUCAGCAAGCAAGUCAGUAGCUCAGCAGCCUGCCAUAGCAGGCAGUUUGAACCUUGGACAUCUGGCCGAGCUCAGGUGGUUCUCUCAUGGUGGGACAUUGAAAUGGACCCUGAGGGGAAGAUCAAGUGCACCAUGGCCCCCUUCUGGGCACACUCAGACCCAGAGGAGAUGCAGUGGCGGGACCACUGGAUGCAGUGUGUGUACUUCCUGCCACAAGAGGAGCCUGUGGUGCAGGGCUCAGCGCUCUUUCUGGUAGCCCACCACGAUGACUACUGCGUAUGGUACAGCCUGCAGAGGACCAGCCCUGAAAAGAAUGAGAGAGUCCACCAGAUGCGCCCCGUGUGCGACUGCCAGGCUCACCUGCUCUGGAACCGGCCUCGGUUUGGAGAGAUCAAUGACCAGGACAGAACUGAUCGAUAUGUCCAGGCUCUGAGGACUGUGCUGAAGCCAGACAGCGUGUGCCUGUGUGUCAGCGAUGGCAGCCUGCUCUCCGUGCUGGCCCAUCACCUGGGGGUGGAGCAGGUGUUUACAGUGGAGAGCUCAGCAGCUUCUCACAAACUGUUGAGAAAAAUCUUCAAGGCUAACCACUUGGAAGAUAAAAUUAACAUCAUAGAGAAACGGCCGGAAUUAUUAACAAAUGAGGACCUGCAGGGCAGAAAGUGUUCACAGAACAUCUGGUCACGGCACUGGCUCACUGCUGGGGAUGCUGGGCCGCCAGUCCCUGCUCUUGUGGUGCUCGGAGCCUGGGGAGGGAGACGGAGACAAGCCCUGGUCUCUCUCCUCCUGGGUGAGCCGUUCUUCACUACCAGCCUGCUGCCGUGGCACAACCUCUACUUCUGGUACGUGCGGACCGCUGUGGACCAGCACCUGGGGCCAGGCGCUGUGGUGAUGCCCCAGGCAGCCUCGCUGCACGCUGUGGUUGUGGAGUUCAGGGACCUGUGGCGGAUCCGGAGCCCCUGUGGUGACUGCGAAGGCUUCGACGUGCACAUCAUGGAUGACAUGAUUAAGCAUGCCCUGGACUUCAGGGAGAGCAGGGAGGCUGAGCCCCACCCGCUGUGGGAGUACCCAUGCCGCAGCCUCUCCGAGCCCUGGCAGAUCCUGACCUUUGACUUCCAGCAGCCGGUGCCCCUGCAACCCCUGUGUGCCGAGGGCACCGUGGAACUCAGGAGGCCCGGGCGGAGCCACGCAGCGGUGCUAUGGAUGGAGUACCACCUGACUCCAGAGUGCACACUCAGCACUGGCCUCCUGGAGCCUGCAGACCCCGAGGGGGGCUGCUGCUGGAACCCCCACUGCAAGCAGGCUGUCUACUUCUUCAGCCCUGCCCCAGAUCCCAGAGCACCGCUGGGUGGCCCGCGGACUGUCAGCUAUGCGGUGGAGUUUCACCCCGACACAGGCGACAUCGCCAUGGAGUUCAGGCUUGCAGAUACCCCAGACCACCCUUGAACAAUAAAGUGGCCUGAGGGCUGGG